AUGCUCCGAAAGCUCGGUUCUCUCCUCUUUAUGGGGUAUUUGUCUCUGGCGGCUGCCCAAAAUACCAAUUCAACCGGUCCUCUGAACGAAACCCAAAUCCAACAAGAGCUACUGAACAUAGCCACCACAUUUCGACAAUGGCCCGAGGCGCCCCUCUUCCACUGGCCCGAAGAAGAAGGCUUGCAAUACGAGAGCGUUACAUUCCAAUCGGAGGAUGGGGUCCCUCUGGAGGGUUGGUUCUUCCCACGCGAGGGAUCGGACAAGAUUCUCCUGAUGAAUCAUCCUCGACUGUUCAACCGUGCAGGCUUACCUUCACACCUGGAGCCAUGGGCGACUUUGGCGGCUCCGUCUGGCAACAACAUUGACGUCAACUUCAUCCCCGACUACAAAAUCCUUCAUGAUGCUGGAUAUAACAUCCUCACCCAUGACUUCCGCAACCACGGUCUCAGUGGACGAGCCAACGGCGUGCUCUACUCCGGAGGACGCUACGAGUCCCGAGAUGUUAUCGGAGCAAUUCGCUAUAUUCGUAGCCGCCCAGACACUCAAAACAUGACACUCGGCUUGUUCCCCCGCUGCAUGGGCGGCAACGCCGUCUUCCACGCCAUGUCGAGACUGCCCCAAGAGUUCGAGGGUAUCCGUGUCAUUGUCACGCCUCAGCCCAUCUCAGCCAACAUGUCCACCCGCGUGGAUCUGGCCAACCGUGGAAUCCCGGCCAGCUACAUCAAGGACUUGGACGACAUGGUCUUCUGGCGCACAAGCCUCCACCUCGACCAGUACUCUCCCAUCCCCGCCGCCAGAAGCGUCACGAUCCCAACAUUCAUCUACCAGGUCCGCAAUGACCUUCAGACACGGCCAGAGGACGUCCAAGCCAUCUUUGAUGCCAUCCCCAUUCCAGAGAAGAAGCUUGUGUGGAUCGAGAACACCACUCGUCGCUGGGACGGCUACCUCUACUUCCAGCGGCAGCCGCAGGAAAUGCUCGAGUGGCUGGAGAGGUACAUGAACUAA